UUCAAUCCCAAAUAGGCCUUAGUUGUUUAAAUACAUGUAGCUGCCUGCAUCUUCAUGCAAGGCUGGCUUAAUGGGGGAAAGAUCUCAACAGAACAACCUGCUUGGCCUUAAACCAUUAAGGGUAUAUGCAAACGGCCUAAAAAAUUAUAUAUAUAUAUAUAUAUAUAUAUAAAGCAGGUGUAGGUGCCACAAGUCCUUAGUUUAAAGCUUAAAACAGCGUCUUCAGACAGGGUCAGGGAGGGAGUAGAGAGUGGAGACCUGGAACCUGGAAACUGGAACCAGCACUGGUGUCCAAGAGUUGGUUAUUUACAGAUGCUGGAAUUCACAAGUGGAGAGGGAAAAUGAACGGCUUUGAUGCAAUCACUCGAUGGAGGAAUCUAAAGCAACGCCUCUCAUUCAAGAGCUUCGGUUGCUGUGGGGCUACUUGGACUCCCAGAGCCAUUAUAGAAGAGGAAGAGCCCAUCAACAUGCAAGACCAAGUGAGCGAUCAACCAGUGGUCAUCAUCGCCAAUUCAAGUCAAAUUCCGGUAAGGAAUAGUAACAACGUGGCGCCUUCGGGGAUGAACCUAGGUAUGGCCUUGGCUGCUGAGCGCAAUUUGCGGAGAGAAAAUGCGGGUCCCUUGAAAAAUGCUGCGCCAGUCAAGACCUUGAUGAGACUGAUUGAAGAAACGGACGGCGUGGAUUGGAGAAAAAACAAGAGGGAAACUGACAAUGGAGGAGGGGGGAAUGGGAAUGAUUUGACGUGCUGCGUGUGCAUGGAAAGAAAUAAAGGAGCAGCUUUCAUUCCAUGUGGACAUACGUUUUGCAGGGUUUGUUCAAGGGAAAUGUGGGCCAAGCGAGGGUCCUGUCCUAUUUGUAGCCGUUCGAUUCUCGAAAUCCUUGAUAUUUUUUAAGUUUGUUUUUGCCAUUUGUGCUUUAUUUCGAAUCAGAGACCCAUGA